UGUCACCUACUUUCCAUAGCUAUUUCCCAUUUGUUAUUUGGUUCUGUACGAAACUGUAUCUCAGAAAUCUAAAACAAAAAAAAAAAAAAAAAAACAAAAAGUAAAAAAAGUAAAAACCUUUUUCGAAAUGGCUGCCACCAAGAAGAUUCCCAAUGUGAAACCAGGACAUCUGGAUCGUGAGAAUCAAGAGUUGCGGCACGAGAAGUUGCCACACGAUGUCUGCCGUUUGAUCCAGCAGGGACGUCUGGCCAAGGGUCUGAGCCAAAAGGAUUUGGCCAUCAAGAUAUGUGAGAAGCCGCACGUGAUCAGCGAUUACGAAUCGGGACGUUGUAUACCCAAUUAUAUCAUAUUGGGUAAAAUUGAACGCGUCAUCGGGAUCAAGUUGCAUGGCAAGGAGCGUGGGAUCCCACUUCAGGUCAAUGUGCAGCGCCCCAGGAAGUGAAUUCCGAUGGAAGGACUGGAGGAGAGGAUUGUAAUCCCUUCGAAUUGAUUAAACCAAGCAAAUGCUCUACAA